UGACGUCACGUAUUAAAGUCCCGUGUCAGAAGUGGAAUCUCGAUACACUUUUGUCGUGGGUAAUUCGGGAAUUAUUAUUUUCAACUUUAAAAUCGGAGGAGUUUAUUUGUUUAAAUCGUGUCAUACUUUAGAAAACGUGUGCCUGGUACUCUUGUGUAGUCAGUUGUUAGCAGUUGUGUAGCUGCAGGAUAAACGAUGCCUGCCCGGAACCUAGUGUCCAGCAGCGGCUUCGGGAGUAGCAGCAGCGUAGCUGAUCACAGUAAAGUCAGGUAUUCCAGGUUGGCAACUGAUGAUGGUGGAUACAUAGACUUACAGUUCAAAAAGAGCCCACCCAAAGUUCCGUACAAAGCCAUCACCUUGGCCACGGUUCUCUUCUUGAUCGGCUCUCUGUUAAUCGUCAUUGGUGCUCUUCUUCUGGCUGGAUACUUUGGAGUCACUCACACCGACCGGACUAUACCUGUUCUCAUCAUUGGAAUCCUUGUCUUCCUGCCUGGAUUUUACCACCUAAGAAUAGCUUAUUAUGCAUCAAAGGGUUACCCAGGAUAUUCCUAUGAUGAUAUUCCAGACUUUGAUGACUAAUCUUUAUACUGGAUUAAGCUGGAAGCUACAUCCACAUUACUUUGGUUUCGAAUAACAACUUUUAGAUUUAGUUUCUUGCUUUACAAUUGGCUGUAGCAGAUCGUUGGAGUUGCCACAAGGGGACUUUACUAAUUGCAAAAAGUACAUUUUUGUUAACCAUAUGGACCAUAUUUAUCAUAUGGAGUUUAUGGUCUGAAAAAUUGGUUUUUAAUAGAUAGGCUGAUUUUUUUUUUUUUAAUUUUAACUAAACAAGUACAGUACAUAUCAAUUACAAAAGUUUAUACAUAUGGUAAAUAAGCAGAUACAGUUAGGCCUAUAAAUGUUGGGACAGUGACAAAAGUUUUGUUAUUUCAGCUGUUUACGAAAACAUAUUUAGGCUAUGGGCUUAAAGUGCAGACUCUCACCUGUAAUUUGAGAGCAUUCACAUCCAUAUUAGAGCAAGAGUUUAGGAAUUACAGGUCUUGAAUACAUAGCUGCCUCUUUUUCAAGGGAUCAAAAGUGGACAAUUGACUCAGAAGGCUGCAAAGGGCUCUUCCCUCAUUAACCUGUCAUCAAUUAAGCAGUCAAAAGUCUGGAGUUGAUUCCAGGUGCAGGUCCAGGCGAACACACAACAUGGGGUCAAAGGAGCUCCCAAUGGAGGUGAAACAGACCAUCAUGAGGCUGAAAAAAAGAAGAAAUCCAUCAGCGAGAUGGCAGAAAUGUUAGAGUGCACUGGUGAGCUUGGGAACUCAAAAAAGGCCUACACGUCCACGGAAGACGGUGGAUGAUCCACUCAAGUGAAGAACACCCUUCAGGAAGUAGAUGUAUCAGUAUCUAAGUCUACAAUAAAGAGAAGACUUCAUGAGAGUAAAUACAAAGGAUUCACCACAAGGUGCAAACCAUUAAUCAGCCUCAAAAACUGAAGGGCCAAAAAUUACUUUGCUCAAGGCAAAACUUAAGGCAGAAAGACCCACAAACAAGUAACAACUAAAGACAGCUGUAGUAAAGGCCUGGCAAAGCAUCACAAAGGAGAAAACCCAGCCUUUGGUGAUGUCAAUGAGUUCCAAACUUCAGGCAGUCAUUGCCUGCAAAGGAUACUCAACAAAAUGCACUUCAAUUCCGUUGUAGUUG